GCGGCGGUCCUCCGCCGCCUCAGUCGCGUUCUGAGAGAUCGGCGCGUCGCAGCCGAGACCGAGAUCUCGCUCUACUCCGAUUCCGCGUGUACGACGUCGUGAGACCUCGAUAGGAAAAGCAGAAUUUCAUAAUUAUACGGUACAUCAGCUGGAGGAGGAAAGAAGAAGCAAAGCUGGCAAAGAUGCAACUGAAGAAGGGGCCGCGCGAUCGAUCGCCGAUCGAUGAUUCGAGGCUGAUCGUCGCGAGGAAUGUGUGAUAUGCCAGGAUCCGGCGCCCGAGGAGUUGCACUAGCAGAAGCCGGAUAGGACUCGUUUUAUAGACUCCGAGCGGCGCCUCGCUGUCGGUCUCGACUUUCGACGUUUCACUUUUCGGAGUUACAUCCAGAACAGCGUCUCGGAUAAAUAAUGCCAGACAGCCUCGAAUUCUUCUCCAUUGAAAAACUUUUGACGCGUCGACGUACGUGGGGAAGAAGUUUACACGAGUAACGAUUCGCACAGUCCGCAGGCCAGAGUGUCUUCUCAGAAUGUCGAGUUCCCAGGCGUUGAACCACUCGCAGAACGCGAGCGUGCUGGAGCCGGCCAACGACUUCAUCACCUCGAACCUGGCCGUCCGCGUGGUCAUCAUCACCUUCUACGUGAGCAUCUUCCUCCUGGGCCUCUUCGGCAACGCCCUGGUCUGCUUCGUGGUCGCGCGCAAUCGCCAGAUGCAGACGGUCACGAACCUCUUCAUUACCAACCUGGCCCUCAGCGACAUCCUCCUCUGCGCUCUGGGUGUUCCCUUCACGCCCUCCUACACCUUCCUGGAGAGGUGGGUCUUCGGCGAUAGUCUGUGCCACCUGGUCCCUUACGCUCAGGGCGUAAGCAUCUACAUCAGCACGUUGACGCUGACAGGUAUCGCGGUUGACCGGUUCCUGGUGAUUCUCUACCCGUUCAGACCCAGGAUGAAGAUCGGCGUGUGCCUCUCCAUCAUCGUGACCAUCUGGAUCGUGGCGUUGCUCCUGACCCUGCCCUACGGUCUCUACAUGCAGUUCCAGUCGGCCGGGAAGAUCCGCUACUGCGAGGAAAACUGGCCAGACGAGCAGUUCCGCAGGACCUUCAGCCUGUUGACUUCGGUACUGCAGUUCGUCGUGCCGUUCAUCGUCAUAGCCUUCUGCUACAUCUGCGUGAGCAUCAGGCUGAACGACCGGGCGAAGAUGAAGCCCGGCAGCAAGACCAGCAGGAGGGAGGAAGCCGACCGGGAGAGAAAGAAGAGGACCAACCGGAUGCUGAUCGCGAUGGUCGCGAUAUUCGGGGUCAGCUGGCUGCCGCUCAACAUCGUCAACAUGGUCGAGGACUUCUACCAGCCGGCCCAGGACUGGAGCUACUACAAGGUGCUCUUCUUCAUGGCCCACUGCCUGGCCAUGAGCAGCACCUGUUACAACCCCUUCCUCUACGCCUGGCUGAACGAGAACUUCAGGAAGGAAUUCAAACAGGUGCUGCCGUGCUUCAGCCGCGGAUCCGAGUGCGACGGUCCAGCUCGACUGGGCGGCCGGAGCGAGCUGCGCACCUGCAACGGCAACGAGCAGACCGUCCAGGAGAGCUUACUGCCCAGCCAGAUGGCCAAGCAGUAUUCCGGCUGCGAGAUGAUCUCGCUCGAGCCUACCACCAACAUCACCAAGGACCUCGACUGAGACAACGGUAGCGACAACGACGAUGGUAAACCGGUGGACCAGUCUGAACUUUGAGCGAUACGGUCGUUGCGUUGCUCGGUGAGUGUCUCUUGAUGAUUUGGAGAGGUGGUUGUGCACUUUCUUUUAUUUGUUUUUAUUGGAGAAGCAGUUUUGAGCUCAUGCUAUGAACUAUCUAUAAUAGUCUUUUUUUACGUACAAUAAAUUGUGAGAUAGUAUGAAGUGAGUGAGUUAAUCGUAAAGCGUACAAUAGAUGUAUAAAAGUUUUUUUUCGGCAAUGAACAUUUAAGCGCACAGCUUUCUCCUCGAGUGACGGCAAAUAUAUGUCGCGUUAUUUUUUUUUCUGGGAGCAAUCGCUCUCCAAACAUGCAGUAGUUUCAAAGAACCUAAACAUUCAUUACUAUUAUAUUGUAAAAAUUUUUUAUCCGUCUAUUCAUAGUGUAAAUACAAUAACUUGAUAUAUAGUGCUAGAGCAUAAAUAAUAUAUAAGUGAUGUUUACCGUCGGUCAGUGCGGGCCACUGAAAUGCGUUUGUUGGCCGUACGUAUCAGUAUAUAUAAGUAUAAUGCACACAGCGAAAUUUUUCUCGGCCACUACUGCGACACUGACGCAUCACGAUCACUAAUUGUCAAGAAUCGGCCUCUGCCAAAUCUACACUAUACGCAUAUACGUAAUCGCAGUCUUUUGUAUAUCGGGAAGCCUGUCUCUUUUCGUUGUUUUUAACGAGCUGGCGAUGAGCGUUGCUUUCGUGCUUUGCUUGACGAUGAUUUCCCUCGGCGAUUUUUGAACCUGAGCCCUGUCGAAAUCAGCCGAGGAACAUAAUUAAUUAUACUUAGUGUGCAUUCAAGAUGAUUUUUUUACUUUUUUUACAAAGUUAUAUACGUUUGCUCGUGGCUUGGUUAAGUGAUUUUUAGUAUUGUUUACUUUGACGGUGCAACGAAUCUGAUUUUUUGAGACGACAAAGCUUCGUUUAUUGAAGUAGAGACGCGCAUAUUAUUAAUUAUUAUUAUAUAGAGUAAAUAAUAUAUGAUAUAAGAAUAUAUAUACUUGGCUGUUGGAUCAUUUAUAUUUUAAGGAACACACGUGCGAGUGUAUGUGAAUAUGUGAUGGAUUAUAUAGAUAGUGCGAAUAUACAUUUUUCGUUGAUGCAUAUAUUAUAAUUAUAUACUAGCCGAAAACUGUUCACGCAUAUUUACGAAAUUUGUUACAAACGACGACGCGCAUUAUGAAAAAAGGUUUUAUAUAUAUGAUACAAGAUAUAACGAAAAGGUCUAUACAAGUAAUAUAUAACCUCUUGUUAUGUAAGUUAGACGUAUAGUGCAUAAUAUAUGUUAUCAUGGAAAAACGACGUAUAGCUGUGAAGAAAAUGUCUACGCCAUAAUAAGGACUCGUUGAUCAGAUCUUGCGAUGUAACGCGUAUACAUAAUAUAAUAGAUGUCUUUGUAUAUCGGCGUUUGUGCAACGUUAUAACAAAGUUGACUUUUUUUUAUUAAGAUGAACGUUUUCGUUGUGCGGGACCGAACAGAAAACAUGAUUGUAAUCGAUGUAGACACACACUACACCUAUAUAUCAAUGUAUAAACAAGG